AUGGGUUCCAUCGACCAAAUAGAUAAGAGCCGACUCAACGGCCACAAUAAUCUUUUCAACGAAAAUGACCAUAUUUCAAAAACAGAAAUGGAUUACGAUGUGCUCAUCAUCGGCGGUGGUUUUGGCGGCGUUUACGCACUCCACCAGCUCCGCAAGCUCAACUUCCGCGCUCACAUUGUCGAAGCAGGCGCCGCAUUAGGUGGUGUUUGGCAUUGGAAUAGUUACCCUGGCGCUCGCGUUGACUCCGAGGAACCCUACUACCAGCUCUCCAUUAGGGAGGUAUGGAAGGACUGGACAUGGUCACAGCGCUUCCCUGACCACAGCGAGAUCAAGCGGUACUUUCACCACAUUGACAAGGUCCUCAGCAUAUCAAAGGAUGUCAGUUACAACACAGCAGUUGUAGGCGCCGAUUUCAAUGAGAAAACAGGCCUGUGGACGAUUACAACAGCCACAGACAAGAAGAUCACGGCAAAAUAUCUGGUUGCCGCUACAGGAAGCUCGUAUAAGCGCUACGAGCCCAGCUUCACCAAUUUGAAGUCCUUCACAGGAACGGUGAUACACCCAGCCGCUUGGCCAGACUCGGAUAUCGAUUUCCGGGGCAAGAGAGUGGCUAUUGUUGGUGCAGGUGCCACGGCCGUUCAGUGCGUCCAGGAAAUUGCGAAGAAACAGGACGUUGAGUUAACGGUGUACAUCCGGAACCCCAACAUCGCGCUACCUAUAGUUCAACGUGAUACAACAGAUCUUGAGCAGCAAGCACUCAAGUCUAUGUAUGGGAUACUGUUCAAGAAAGCCCGGGAAAGCACCUUAGGCAUGCCGUACGAAGUUACAACGAAGUCGUCGUCAGAGGUAUCUGCAAAAGAGAGAGAGGCAUACUUCGAGGAGUUGUGGCAGCGUGGGGCGUUCAAUUUUCUGGGGGGCAACUACACGGAUUUUCUUGUAGAUGAGACUGCGAACAGAAUGGCCUAUGAAUUCUGGGCCAAGAAGACAAGGCCUAGAGUCCGGGACCCAGAGAAGAGGGCCAUAGUCGUUCCUGACGAACCGCCGUACCCCUUCUCUACGAAGAGAAGCAGCCUUGAGCACGACUAUUACGAAUGUCUCGAUCAAGACAACGUCACCAUCGUGGGACUCAAAAACAAUGCCAUACGUGAGUUUACUCCACGAGGCAUCAUAACAGAGAACGGAGUGGAAAGGGAGCAUGAUAUUGUUGUGCUUGCCACAGGAUACGACAACUGUACAGGCAGCCUGACAAGCAUGGGUCUUCGCGGAAAGGAUGGAAUCGAUAUGAAGGAUCGUUGGAAAGAUGGUGUGUGGACUUAUCUUGGCCUAAUGGCCGGCGGGUGCCCAAAUAUGUUCAUGGUUUAUGGGCCUCAAGCCCCCACAGCGCUGACAAAUGCGCCACCAUUUAUCGAACAACAGGUUGACAUUAUUGCAGAGUUCUUAGCCAAACUCCGCAAGGAGAAGGUCAAAUCUAUUGAGCCACGUCUAUCUGCCCAGAAGCAAUGGAAGGAACUGGUUCUGGCGCUAAAUGACGCAACGCUAUUCUCCAAGAGCGAGACGUCAUGGUAUGUUGGUGCUAAUAUCCCUGGCAAGAAAAGGGAACCGCUUAACUACCUGGGCGGUAUCCCUUCCUAUGUCAAAGCCUGUAGGGAGGGUACUAAGGACUGGGCGAAUUUCGAAGUGACCAUGGCAGAUGGAAGUAGGUGCGGUAUUGACAACAUGGCAAUCAACCGGCCAGACGGAACCAGUAACUCCACAAGAAAAGUGGUUGCAGCAUUUCCACCUAGCUUUUAA